GACGAUGAAGAAAGGCGGCUAGCUAGUAGUAGAAGUGUUGACAAAAAUGGUUUCAAAACCUGAUCCCGAAAUUGACUCCAGACUCAGUGAGAUUCUUCAAAAUGUUAAGCAAAUUGACUUUUUCAUGGACGCAAUUUUUAGUUUUUUAUACAGACGGACCGAUUUCUAUCACAUUAUGAAAAGUAAAACAGACACAAUGGGACUUCCACCAGGUGCAGCCCGCAAGCUAAUUAUGCAGGCCUACAUGAAGUAUGAACAGCUAUCACAGGGUGUUUCUACAGUGCCACCAUCAACCACAAGUAUCCCAGAAGCUGAAAGUACAGUCGAAGUAGAAACGACUGAAAAACCUCAUAUAGAAUCCACACCAAAAGAACGAGAACAAGUCAAAGACAAAGCAGAACAGAAGACCCUUAGCAACACAAGCAGAGAUCAAACUGGGUCACAAAAGGUAUCAUCCAAAGCUAUCAGUGAAGCUGACACAUUCAACGGUGCUAUGUGUGACACUUACUCAUGGUCCCAGUCACUCAAGGACGUUGACAUCAAGGUACCCGUGCCUCAGCACAUUAAGAAAGCCAAACAACUGAUGGUUGAAGUUCAGUCCGACAGCAUAAAGGUUGCCCUAAAAUCUAAUGAGCCAAGCGGUUCUCCUGAAGUUCUUGUUGAAGGAAAACUAAAAGCACAAAUCAGAACAGAAGAGUCGAUGUGGAGUCUGAUCCCAGGAGAAUGUGUUCAGCUUAACCUUGAGAAACGAGUAGAAACAUGGUGGCACGCUGCUCUGGAAAACGAACCAGAGAUCGAUCCAAAGACAAUCAACAAUAGUCAGUCUUUGAACGACCUGGAUGAAGAUGAUAAACAAGGAUUCAGACAGGCAAUGUUUGAUUACGAGCAAAAACAGCAGGGCAAACCGACGAGCCAAGAACUGAAAGCGCAUGAAGUGCUGAAGAAAGCUUGGGAUGUUGAGGGGUCACCUUUCAAAGGUCAAGAAUAUGACCCUUCUGUCCUCAACAUCGCAACAAGCUAACAUAGAAAGAGACUGUUUGAUCGCAGUCAUCAGGAUAGUGCAAUAAUGAGUGCCAUUGAAAGAUAGUUUUAACACUAAUAAGUAAGAAGUGAGCUAUACUAUGGAAGGAAGCAACAGUCAGCUUGGAGUGAGUAUAUUAUACGUGACUUGAACUCUGUUAAAUUAAUUCAGCCAGAAGAGAUCAACAAGCUUCAACAAUUCGUUGCUAGCUGUGACCAAAGUCUACAGGGAGAAGAUGGAAAUAGCUGGGUAACUUUUCUGGGUUGAGCAAUUUUUAGCCAGGCUUGUGUCAGCCCCAUCUAGUUCAGACUACCAAUUCAUCAACCAGCCUUGACGCUUUAGGCAGACCAUAUCCUCAAGUUACAUAAGCUACAUAGGCAGAAACUAUUAAUUAUUUAAUGAAGGACGAAAAUAAAGCAACUAAAUAUUUACCAUGGUUACUAACUCUCGUAAUUAUUGGAACUUGGACCGUAUCCUCAAGUUACACUAGCUACAUAGGCAGAAACUAUUAAUUAGUUAAUGAAUGGCGAAGUUAAAGCAACUAACUAUUUUCCAAGGUCACUACCAUAAUUCUUGUAUUAUUGGAACUUAUACUUAUAUUCUUGUUGAGCUAAAAAUAUUGAAUAAUCAUCAAUUUCUGAAUUCUUAAAGCUACAGGCUCCGGAGGAAAAUUUAGUUUUGAUACGUUGUAGAACUGAUUUUUCUAAGACACAAAAAGCAUAUUUGAUGAAAAACUUAGAAGCGGUUAAUGAUAUACUGAUUUUUUAAUAUUUAGGAACUGGGGGAAAAAGUUGGAAAAAAGGAGGUUCUGAGUUUUUUUCCCUCGCCCUGAUAAUAUGGAUAAAUAAAUUAUUGCUACUUUUACCUUUUUUCUGAGGUACAUUAAGCGAUUUAAUUAAAAGAACAAUUAAAAAAAGACAACAUUGGCACUGCUUUUUUGUUAUGUUAAUUCUCAAAAUCUUAGUAGUAAUCUUGUAGUCUUUGUCAAUUGACAAAGACUAGUAGCCGAAAUAUUUGCCAAAUAAAUUUUAGUGUUUCUAAAGUCAA